AUGGAGCAACCAAUUUAUUUCAUCAGCAAGACUUUGACAUCUUCCGAGAGAAAUUAUUCAAAAAUCGAAAAAAUUGUACUAUCUUUGGUUUACGCAACGCAGAAGCUGCGUACUUACUUUCACGCACAUACCGUAACAGUCAUCAUAAAAGCCCCCAUAGAAUCCGUGCUUGACCAUGCCGACAGAGCAGGUAGAAUAUCCAAAUGGGCCCAAAUUAAACAAUUCGGUGUGAAAUACCAAGCCCAGACGGCAAUUAAGACCCAGUUGGUCGCAGAUUUCUUAGUUGAUUUCCCAAUAAACGACGCUGACGAGGUCGAAGGAAUCCCAGGAAUGGAAGAUGAACUAGCAGACCCUCCCGAACUGCUUCGUUCCGAGGACCGAAAUCGUUGGGAAGUCUUCGUCGAUGGAUCGUGCAACUCGGAAGGGUCGGGCAUCGGAAUGGUCUUUACCACCCCGAAAGGCCGAAGGAUUGUCCACAACUUGAGACUUGAAUUCUCCCCCACCAACAAUAUAAUUGAGUACGAGGCGGUAAUGCAUGCCCUCCAAGUUAUAAUCGCACUGGGCAUCCAAAAUGUACGACUAACAAGCGAUUGCCAACUUGUCAUUCAACAAAUAGAUGGAACGUACCAAGUCUCCGAUCCAUGCUUGCAGCGAUACCAUCAACUCGCCAAGCAUUACAUUGAGCAUAUACCAAACAUCACGUUCCGCCACUUAAACCGGAUUAACAACCGAUAUGCUGAUGCCUUAGCAUUCAUUGCCUCCAUGAAAGUAAACCCUGAGGCUACCAAUGUUAUAAUUGAAAGAGUCUUACUCCCUUCCAUCCCUUUGGAAGAAAACAUGGACAUCCUCGUUGUGGACUCAUUAGCUCAGGAGGAAACUCUACCAGAAGAUGAUUGGAGGACACCAAUCAUCAAGUAUCUAGCCAAUGGACACCUUACAAGCGACCAACUUGUCGUCCACAAGAUAAUAUCAAGGUCCGGAAAUUACCAGCUUCGGGACGGUGUGUUGUACAAACAAUCCUACCUUGGACCUCUCCUCCGAUGUCUCUCGUUUGCAGAAAGGCAUAGCAUAUUGAAAGAAAUACAUUAUGGUUACGCAGGAAACCAUAGUGGAAGACGAUCCCUAUCCCACAAACCAAGACUACAGGGGUAUUUUUGGCCUCGCAUGAACGAGGACUCGAAACAAAUGGCGAAAACCGGCAUCGAAUGCCAAAAAUUUGGCAAAAGAAGACAUGCACCAUCAAUGGACUUAAAAUCCGUGAUAAUCCCUUGGCCAUUCGCCAAAUGGGGGGUUGAUAUUGUCGGACCACUAAGAGCCGGCACCGGCUAA